AAAAGAAAGAGAUUCGCCGUAAUUUUCUGUUACAUAAUUUAAUUAUCAUAUUUACCAAAUCAAUCGUUAUUCUGAUCAUGCUUUUUAAAGAAGAAAACAUUUUUAUAUAGUGAAAAUAAUUCUCCAUAGGCAUAAUGGACAAAAAUGCAUACAUGAGUGACAUGAUGACUUGUCAUGAUGAUGAAGCUACAAGAACAUCUCCUUCAGAAGGACUGGAAGAGGGGGAAGUAGAAGGAGAGACUCUUCUUAUAGUAGAAUCUGAAGAUCAGGCAUCAGUGGAUUUGAGCCAUGAUCAAAGCGGGGACUCUAUGAAUAGUGAUGAAGGAGAAACAUCCUGGGCAGAGGAGAUAUCUUAUUACUGUGAAAGAUGUCAAAAAUGGUUGCCAGCAAGUCACACAAGAGAACAGAUCACCUAUCUUAAAGGUGAUAACUUUUUCAAGUUUACUUGCUCUGAUUGCUCAGAAGAUGGGAAGGAGCAAUUUGAACGGUUGAAACUAACAUGGCAGCAAGUUGUCAUGCUGGCUAUGUAUAAUCUAUCUCUAGAAGGAACUGGUCGCCAAGGUUAUUUCCGAUGGAAAGAAGACAUUUGUGCUUUUAUUGAAAAACACUGGAGUUAUCUACUAGGAAACCGAAAGAAGACAUCUACAUGGUGGAGCACUGUUGCUGGUUGCCUUUCUGUGGGAAGCCCUUUGUAUUUUCGCUCUGGGGCUCAGGAAUUCGGAGAACCAGGAUGGUGGAAACUUGUUCAUAAUAGGCCCCCUAUAAUGAAGCCUGAAGGAGAGAAACUUUCUGUGUCUUCUCUAAAAGCAAAAGGUUCAAAACUCUCUAUAGAUCCAAUCAUUACAGUGGAGGGGCUUAGAAAGCGAGUGAGCCGCAAUCCAGUAGAAUCUGCUAUGGAGCUGAAGGAGAAGCGGUCUCGCACUCAAGAAGCCAAAGAAAUAAGGAGAGCUCAGAAAGAAGCAGCUGGCUUCAUGGACAGGAGUACAUCCUCUACACCGGUCAAAUUCACCAGUCGAAACAGGCAUUCAGACAUUAUGCUUGAAAAGGGGGAGGUGGUUGAUUUUUCCUCCCUCAGUUCUUCUGAUCAAACACCUUUGACCAGCCCAUCUCCUUCUCCCUCUCUGGAUUUUUCUGCUCCGGGAACUCCAGCGUCACAUUCAGCUACACCUAGUCUGCUUUCGGAAGCUGAUCUUAUUCCAGAUAUAAUGCCACCUCAGGCCCUUUUUCAUGAUGAUGAAGAGAUGGAUGGUAUGAUAGACCCAGGAAUAGAAUACAUCCCUCCAUCCGGUGCAUCAGGGACAAUGAUCCAAAAGAAAAUGAAGCUGUCUGAUCAGAUUAAACAAGAGCUGAUAUGUGAAGAAGGAAGAGCAGAGAGGCUAGUCAAUGAUGUGGAAAAUCAUAGUAGACAUGCCUUCUUUCAAGAGCAAGGUCUAAACAAGCGGAAGACCCAGCAGGCUCAUAAGGAUUCUCAGUCUAAAUACACUUCUAUUGGUAUAUAUGAAGAAAAACUUCUUUUGAGGAACUUGGAGGCCUGUCUAAAUGCAGCAGACAUGACUCCUGAGGCUCGGCGGCUGAAGCGCAAGCUGAUAGUCCGAAAGAUGAAACGAGAGAGAGGUCUUCCCCUUUUUAACUUGGACGAUAUUGUGAAUUCUGCUCUUAUCUUGGUUGAACAGUUUUAUGGAACUAAGGAAAGACUUGCCGCCUAUCUGCCAUCAGAUUCUGCAGUAUACAAAACUUCUUGCCAGGUUUUCCGAAUCUUGGAUCGAUAUCAGACUAAAGUUUCUGCUGCGAAAGAGUUUCAACAUAGAACUACAACAUUUUGGUGCCGACUUGUAGGCUCUGAAGAUACGACUGAUCAUAGCAUUAUCAGUCCCUAUACUUCUCGUGUUUUGAAACCUUAUAUCAGACGCGAUUAUGAGAACAGGCCCCCAAAACUUCAGCUGCUGAUGGAAAUACGAGCUCAUUAUCAUAAGAAUGAUCCAAACUGGACUCCUGAACCAGAAGCCCCCAUUGAUUAUUGCUAUGUGCGUCCUAAUCACAUCCCGACCAUUAAUUCAUUGUGCCAUGAGUUCUUCUGGCCAG